CCUUAGUGUUUAAUUUCUUUAUGUUUCAUACAAAGAUAAACUUUUAACAAAACAAAAUUAAUAAAUAAAUAGAAAUUAUGAUGAAAUUUGUAAUAAUAAAAAGUAACAUAGAAGCAUUUUUAAUAUUAAUAUGUUUUUUUUAAUACACUUAAUAAUAUGAUUUGAGAUUAGUAGAAUAGAGAGGAGAAAAUAUAAGCGAUCCUAUUUUUUUAUAGUAGGAAGACUUUAUUCUCAAGGAAUGUGUAAAAACUUCUUGUAAUAAUCAAUUCUGCACAAAAGGGUAUAAAAUAAAGCAAACAUCACCUAAAAGCCACACAUCAAUCUAUUAUACGAACAAUAUAACAAUUCCUAAUUUUGAAAAAGAUGCUUUUUUUGAUUUUGGACUUACUAGUAAUGUGGAUGACUUUGGAAAUAAAACUUAUAUGUCUUCUUCUGAUUUACUUUAUGGAUAAUUUACUUAUUUCUAAAUAAAAGACUUUAGAACUAAUUAAAUAAAUGACGCAUGUACUAUCGACUCUUUAAAACUAACAUAUUACUUUUCUUGUUCAAAUUACAUAUAAAAAGCUAAUCUCACUUAAGAUUUUAGAACUAUAUUUAAGGAUUUCAACAUUGAAGCGUAAACUAUCAUUUUUAGAUAUCAAUUAAAUAUAAACGCUUGUCAUCCUUCUUGCUUAACUUGUGUCGGACAAGAAGCUAAUUAAUGUACUAGUUGUGAUUAAGGGGUAAAUGAUUAUACAGAAGAUUCUCCUGGGUCAUGUUAAUGUCAAAAUUCUAAUUAUUUCUUUCUUAACGGGAAAUGUGUUCCUAGUUGCGCUAAUGGCUAUAUUGCUAAUGGAAAAUCAUGCUUCCCUAUGAAGGGUUGUCAGAAAGCGGACCCUCUGAAUAAUGGAAAAUGUUUAAUUUGUGAGUAAUAAUUAUAUAAUAACGAUGGUAAUUGUUAGGUCCAGUCUAUAGUACCACCUGGAUACGAGUUAAAAGGAAGGAAUUUUGUCUUAUCUGCUCUUUAGUAUAAUGUAAAUCAUAAAAUAUACUUUUAAGCUUUCAAUAGCUAUACUUUUUCAAAUUUGGAGAUUAAAAAUAAAGGUCUUAUAAUUAAAAAUAGUCUUUUAUUAAAUGAAAAUUAAUCAAGUAUUACUAGUUGUAAUGGAAUUAAUCUUUUAGGAGGAUUUCUAACAAAUAUAAGUGGUACAUCUAUAUAAUUACCAAUUAUCAUUUUUUCUCAUUCAUAAAUUGUAGUAGUAUUUAAGUUAUACAUGAUAGAUGUUGAUGAAAGACUUUAAGAUGUGAUCAUCAAUUUGAAAUAUAAUGAUAAAAUUAUUGGAACUUAUUAAAUGUCUAAUAAACGACAAACAGGGUAUUUUUGUGGAUUUGAUUAGCUAGAUGCAACUGAUGAAGUAUAUAUUUAUUUUAGCAAAGAUGAAGUAUUUAAGGAAGAAACUGCAAAAGAAUUAUAAAUUGUUAAUUAGAGCUUAAACUAUAAAGCUAAAUCUCUUAAUAAUAUAUAUUUAGGAAUAAGAGACUUAACGAUUAUUGGAUUUGAAUGUAAAAAUCCUUAAUGUAUAAAAUGUUUAGAUUUUGGCCAGAAAUGUAAUUCAUGCAAACAACCUUUUACUUUAUAAUAAGAAAUUUUUAAUUGUGUAGAAUGUGAUAAACUUAGCGGCUAUUACACUUCUUCUGAUGGAAAAUAUUGCAACAAAUGUGAUUCUUCUUGUUUGGAAUGUAGUUUAGGAACUAAAAAAAACUGUACAAAAUGUAGGGAUAAUAUGUUUCUUUCUCCAUUAAAUGAAUGCUUCCCGUGUCCAAAUAAUUGUGCUUCUUGCAAAGAAGCUAAUAAAUGUGACAAAUGUGAAAAUAAUUUUUAUUUUGAUAAAUAUAAUAAUUGCGUUUCUUGUAGUGGAGACAAUGUUUUUAUUAGGGAUACAUUUUAUUGCGAUAAUUGUGAUUCCUCAUGCAUGAGAUGUAAAGGUAAACAGCCUACUGAUUGCACAAAAUGCAGUGAUAAAAAGUAUUUUUAAAAUAAUCUCUGCAUAGAAUGUAAUUCAUCUUAAGGGUAUGUAUAAGUAGAUUAGUGCAUUCCUUGUCAUCAAUCUUGUAAAUCAUGUGAUGGAGCAGGUCCUAAUAAAUGUAAAAGUUGCUUUGAAGCAAGUUAUUUGACUUUAGCUAAUGAAUGUAAGUCGUGUAUUUAGAAUUGUAAAAGUUGUAUAGAUGCUUCAUCUUGUGAUUUUUGUUACAGUCCUUAUACAAUUCAUGAAAUAUCUAAGUAAUGUGUUUAAUGCUAAUAAAUAGCUGGUUUCUAUCAAGAUGUAAAUUUUUGUAGAAAGUGUGAUUCUUCUUGUUUGGAGUGCAGUUUAGGAACUAAAUAAAGCUGCACCAAAUGUAGGGAUAAAAUGUAUCUUUCUCCAUUAAAUGAAUGCUUACCGUGCCCAAAUAAUUGUGCUUCUUGCAAAGAAGCUAAUAAAUGUGACAAAUGUGAAAAUAAUUUUUAUUUUGAUAAAUAUAAUAAUUGCGUUUCUUGUAGUGGAGACAAUGUUUUUAUUAGGGAUACAUUUUAUUGCGAUAAUUGUGAUUCCUCAUGUAUGAGAUGUAAAGGUAAACAGCCUACUGAUUGCACAAAAUGCAGUGAUAAAAAGUAUUUUUAAAAUAAUCUCUGCAUAGAAUGUAAUUCAUCUUAAGGGUAUGUAUAAGUAGAUUAGUGCAUUCCUUGUCAUCAAUCUUGUAAAUCAUGUGAUGGAGCAGGUCCUAAUAAAUGUAAAAGUUGCUUUGAAGCAAAUUAUUUAACUUUAGCUAAUGAAUGUAAGUCGUGUAUUUCGAAUUGUAAAAGUUGUAUAGAUGGUUCAUCUUGUGAUUUUUGUUACAGUCCUUAUACAAUUCAUGAAAUAUCUAAGUAAUGUGUUUAAUGCUAAUAAAUAGCUAGUUUCUAUAAAGAUGUAAAUUUUUGUAGAAAAUGUGAUUCUUCUUGCAAAGAAUGUAAUGGUGGGACAAAUAAAUAAUGCACUGAAUGUUAUCAAGAAACCUAUUUAUAUCAGUCAACUUGCUUAGCUUGCCCUAGUAACUGCUUAGAUUGCAGCAAUUCAAACAGCUGUAAUAAAUGUAAAGACAAAUAUUAUGUCCAUGAAGUCACUAAAUUAUGUGUUAUAUGUGAAUCUUUAAAGGGGCAUUUUAAAGAAGGGAUUUAUUGCAAAAAGUGUAAUGUAGCUUGCAAGGAAUGCUUUGGACCAACAGAUGCAGAGUGUUAUACAUGUAAUGAGCUAUACUUUAGGACUGAAAUAUCUUAAAACCGUUGUUAAAAAUGUCCAAAUAACUUUUAUCUUGAAUCCACAAAACAAAAUUGCUAAAACUGCAAUUUCUAAUGCAUUCCCUGUAAUAAAUUUAAGGAAAUGUUUUACAUGAUAGAUAUAAAAAAGGAUAGAGAAAUAAGUAAAACAUACUGUCUGGUUUGUAGCUGUACUAAAUGUAAUUCGAAUUUUCUUUUUUUUAACUAAAAAUAAUGCACGAAUAGUUGUGAAUAUAUAGGACAAAAUUAUGUUGCUGAUUUAAACUCUAACAGCUGCAAGUGUUAAAGAAGUUUCGACUUUAUGAUCUAGAAUGUAAAUAAAAACAGUUUUGAUUGCUCAUAAGUCUAUCCCUUAGGAUUCUAUUGUAAUUCUAGUCUGUUUUGUAUGAAAUGUAGCCAAAACUGUAAUAAAUGUUCAGAAAAUCUUUAAUGUUUAGAGUGUGUGUAAGGGUUUUAUAAUUGGAAUGGCUCUUGCUUAGAAGAUUGCUUUUCUAGCUUAAAUCUUGUUUUUAACAAGGAAACUCGAAAGUGUGAAUGCAAAGAAGGAUUUUCAGUAUAAAAUCUAUCAAAUAAUAAUCUAAAAGAAGAAAAUAUAACAUGCUAAAAAAUUUUACAAAUUGAAAGAAUUCAAGUUUACAAUUACCUCAUGCAAAGCUAUGAUAUACAAUUUUCAAAAGAUUUUUCUUUUGAUAAAAAAAAUCUAGUAAGAAUUUAAUUUAAUAGGUAGAUAAGACUAGAGGAAUUUGAAACCUUCAAAUUACUGAUUGACCCAAAUAACUUAACUUUAGGUUCUGAAUACUAUAUAAUAUCUAAAUAAUUAGAUUAGUAAUUCAUAGAUAUAGUAGUUGAAUAGGAAUAAAAUAGAAGAGCAAAAUAAUUUUAAAUCUCAAUUUCCGAAUCUACUUUCAAUUACUAUACAACGAACACAAUUAUAAUUUCUAAUUAAAUAUCAACUACAAUGGAAUCUGAUAUAAAUACAUUACCUAUAACUCAAACUUUUUAAUCAGUUAGCCAAGCAUUUGCUUCUGAUGAUAAUAGCAAGCAGUCUCAUGCUAUCAACUUCUUAAAAUAAUUUUAAGUACUCUGUCUUUUCUCUAAUUUCAUGUAAGUCUUACCGUUACUAUACUUGAUCAGAGAUAGCCUACCACCAAAAAUUAACUUUGCAAGUCUGCUUGGAGCUUCUUUAAUUUUUAAAAAAAUACCUCCUCCUUCUUCAAAUUACUUCACAACAAAAUAAAUCGACAUCAAUAAUUAUGAAUUAUCUAUAUAAUACUUAGAAUACACUUUAGGUACUUUUGGCAUUUCAAAAAUAUAAUGA